AGUGUAUUUAAAUGGCACAAGAACCCAUAAAUCCAGAAGAGGUUGUUUUGGCAGAAGAAGUAAACCAUGUAAGGUUGAUCACCUUAAACCGGCCUCGCCAAUUGAAUGUCAUUUCAUCCAAAGUGGUUGUUUUGCCAGCUGAAUUCCUUGAAAAAUGGGAGAAGGAUGAUGAUGCAGAGCUUGUGAUAAUUAAGGCUACUGGACGUGCUUUCUCUGCUGGUGGGGAUCUAAAGAUGUUCUAUGAUGGGAGGUCAGAUGAUUCCUGUCUCGAAGUUGUGUAUAGAAUGUAUUGGCUAUGUUAUCACAUUCACACAUAUAGGAAAACCGAGGUAGCGCUUGUUCAUGGACUUGUCAUGGGUGGAGGUGCAUCACUGACUGCUCCAUUAAAAUUCUCAGCUGUCACUGAGAAGACCGUGAGUAUCCCUGACAUGUCCUAUGUAUAUAUUCUUUUAUUUUUUCCCCCUUUUUUCCUAGUUUUCGCUUCUACUUGAAAGUUCAAAUGCUUGAACUAGGUUAUGAGAAAUCAUUCCAGUGGAGAUCUAAUCCUAUGGAUGUCAUAUUUAAAUCUAUGGAUGCACAUUGUAUAGGUGAUAUAUUCUCAAGAUUUUCUUUGGUUUAGGUUUUUGCUGUUCCUGAAGUAAACCAUGCAAGGUUGAUCGUGAUCAAAUUGUUUUUUUUUUCCCUUUUUCAUUACUAACAAUUUGUGUUCUCCUCCCUGUUGAAGGACUGUUUGGUAGAUGCCUGAAUGUGGACUUUGUGUAUUUCAGCUCAUCUGCCUAACAAAUUAUCUGAUAGUUGAACAUUAUUGCUAAAGGAUUUGAUCGAGUUUUGAAAAAACAUUUGGAGUCAAACCCAACUUGAUAAGACUUGGUCAAGUUAAAGUCCUUUUUUUUUUCUUUGUAGAUGAUGAGCUUUUAUUAGUUGAAAAAGGGUUAAUAAAAUCCUUGAUGAAGACUUCCGUUCCAUUUAUGCCAUAUGGGGCAAAGAUUGUGAUUCAAUCCUUUUUGUUCUUGUUUUGUAGCUCAACGAGGAGGGAGUAUUGCUUUUGCAAGGAUUGGAUUCCAAACUCUCCAAGCGUCUACCUUCUGAUCUUCAGAAGUUUAGAUGCAAGCUAAUUGCUAGCUCUGUUCUUACUGAUCUUUUGAUUCUAGGGGGUUACAUUGACUUAGAUUGGCCCGAUUAAAUCUUGGGUUAAGGGGUAACUUUUUUUUUCAUUAAACAUGAAAAAAGCUGAUUGAAUAUUCUAAAAUUGUGAUAUAAUGCCUGAAAACUUAAUUGAGUUGUGGAUUAUUUCACAAAAACUUGAAAAUUCAUAUUGUGGUUUAAGCCUUUAACCCUUCAUGGGAAGCUCAGAUCUUGCACAUCCGCCAUUUUCACAUGCGUGCUUGCUUGUGAAUGGGUAGUGCUCCAGAUGUGUAUGGGCUUGGCAAACCUCCCAAUUGAAGACAAACAUUUAGCACCCAACCCAAUUGACCAUGUCAAUAUAUUAGUUUCUCUACUUUUUUGGUGCACAACAUGGCAUGUUUUGAUUUCAUAUUUGAAAAUUUGCAGGUAGCAUUUCAUUCAUUGUGGUUCUCUACCCCCAUCAUAGAGCUUGGGAACAAGCUUGCAAAGAGGAUUUUUGGAUGUCACAAAAUCUGGUCAUUCUUACACCUCUGGAUAAUCCAUAAAUUUGCCCCAAAUCUAUCCAUUUUGGGAGUUGGGACAACAAGAUUUGCCUUAAAACUGUACAUGUUGGAAAACUCCAGUGAGACGCAAAUCUGUACACUUUUGGACCUUUGAUUGAGCACAGUACUGUCCAUGUUGGCUCAAAAUGAGAUGGUAUCCAAGCCUGAAAUUGGACAAUUACAAAGGUUUUAUACAUGAAACAAAGUUAAUUUUUACCUUCCUAUGUUGCUUUACUAUUGAUUCCAUGUAGCUUUUUCUUUCUUCUUUAUAUAGUUUCUAUGAUGAUUUGUAUUUUUUUUAAAAGGUUUCUGGGAUAUCAAGCUGAUAUAUAUGGAUGGACCAGCCUGAUUUUUUGAGGUUCUAUAUUUUUCUUUCUGUUUUUCUUUUUCUUUUCUUUUUUUUUUUUUUCCUUUUUUUUUUCUCUCCUGAUUUUAGUCCUAAACAUAUGCAUUUCUAAAUCCUGAUUCUACACAUCUCAGUUUGCUGGAUUGAAUAGUUCAUCAUUUCUUUGUAGGACUAAUUUAGGAGUCGUUGGACCCCCUACCAAAUCUUAGCAAUCAAUACAAUUCAUCUGGUUGCCCCAAUGGUAGAUGGCCCUCUGUGAGAAAAUCAUGCCAAUUACUUGAUCUUGCUCAUCCAACCAUGGUACUUCUGCUUAAAGAAUGUGAACUGUAUAUCUUUUAAGGCAUUAGCUGCUGGUUUACAAUCCAGUGUAGAGCCUACAGACUUUCCAAUGACUGGGAUAAUUUCACCAUUAUCCAUCCAUGGAAGGGGUCUGAGACAAAAAGAUGUUUGGAAUCUGAUGUUUUCCUACAUUUGCGAAAGGAA